UGUACAACAUCAGUUUGUUGUGUGACUUUGCUUUAUACUUGAGGUACAGCUUAGCGAGUAAUCACGGCGCGCUGAAACGCGGUGUAAACGUCGGCCCCCGGGAAAUCUUGAAAUCGUUUCAAUCGUGGAUCACGCAGGCGAGGCCGGCCAGACGGCGGUUACGAAGCACCGGAAGUCCCGGCGCAAGAAAACGAAAAACACCGCCGCCGCCGCUGGUGACUUCAAAGCAAAGGAAAUGGCAAAUACUUGCACCGAGUUCCGAAAAGAGAUACAUAAGUCUUUUAUUCUACCAGCAAUGCAAAUAACGCCGUCUUAUUCUGUGACAACGAUACAAAACCAGACCAGUUCAACCACAGCAAUGAGGCCACGAUCUCUUUAUACAGCUCACAAUUAUCAUUCUCAGACUGAAGAUCUUAAUUAUCAACGAUAUAACGAACUGUCCAAAUAUUUUGAGCCUCCAACUGAACAGUGGAAUGGAGCAAACGCGUAUUCGGGAUCGGCAGCAAUCUGGCGACAGGGUAGGAAGUCAAUCGGCGGACCUUAUUACGCGGCUGAGGAAACUUCUAUCUACACAGAGAAUUGGAGGGAACACGAGGCCGAGGCUAGUGCCGGCGGCGCCGUUACCACCCCUCAUGGCACCAUAUCACUUAGGCUGCACAAUAGGAUACGCGUGGACAUGACCAUUGAUCGUGCCGUUCGAAUUAUCAAUUUUAAGAACAAUAUUGUUCUAUCGUUGAGUGGUUCAGGAUCAGCUGCUGCUUUGCUACAUCCCAAUGGCAGAAUAUAUCAGUAUGGUUCUCGGGUAGAAAUUGUGGCUCACGAUACACACGGAAACAACAAGUACGCAAAGAUGUGGUAUAAGGGAGUUAGUUUUACAUCGGAACAAUGCGCUCUUGUCUAUCUCGUAGACACAGCUGGGACCAGAACCACAACAGACUCCUUUUCGGAUAUGAGCCAGGAUUUCUCGUUGAGCGUCUUUUACUCGAACUCUCGUCACGGACUUGCAUGUCUGCAAGAAGCUGCGACACAUCUUAACACAGCUCAAUAUUGGCAAACGGAAGAAGGUGUUGAGAACUGGAUUAUUAACAACGUUAGAAUAUCACAGACUCCUGAUGGUCUUGUCAGGAUCGCACGAAACAGCAACAAGUAUCAACUGCGUACAUCACCUAGUAACGGUACGGCAUCGUUGACGACACCGUUUUUGCACUGCACCGCAUCUUUGGGUCAGACGUCGCAUUUGUUUGUGCGACGUGGCGAGCGUCGUAUGCACUAUGACGGAACCAGCUUCAUUGUGAGAAAUGCUGGUCACAGCGCUGGCUUCGACGACAAUAAUCAGUUAAAAGUCUAUUAAAGAUAAAUCUUGAGAACUUUAAGUCUUUGAUAGCGCGUUCUUAUGUGAGCAUCGAUGAACGUAUAUGAUCAACUUUGAUUGUGAUCGAGCAGAUUUCACAAGAUUCUCACAUCUUCUCUUCUGUGUGACGAUUGAAUUUUUUUUAUCACAUCAUACAUUGUCACUCAUGUAAACUCAAGAUUCUGUAAAGAAUGAAAUGUCUUCCUACAUAGUACCAGAAUUUAGCGACAGAAUAAAACUGAAGAGUUCAAUAUUUGAGAAUUUUAUCUCAGUUUCAAGAACUUUUUGUUUCUUAAAAAACUGUAAACUAAGAAAAUAAGAAUUACAUCACCGUUUUCUUGAGUUCUUGAAAACCCAAGUUAACCACAUUACAUUGAAUUCUCCAGUUGUAAUCGCCGCGCGAUCUUAUAUGUUUAGAGAUUUAUUUGAAUUUUACCGCUUUAGAGUUUAGUAAUUCAAUCACUUUUGUCCGGUAUAUACUGGUUUGAUGCAGAGAAACGUUUCAAUAAAAGAUUCAGUCAGUACAAAAAAACAUUUUUAAUGCAAAAUUAACAUUUAUUUAGUUAGUCCAAUCCUCGUACGUCUCGUGCUAAAUAAUGACGAUCAAUACACAGAGAGACAUACAAAUGUUUUAUAUAAAUUUAUUUCUUGCCACGUAUAAAAAUGUUACUAUUUAGUUAUUUUUUCUAUAUAAAAAGACGCUCGCACGCGCACAUACACACACGCACAACAUGUAAUAAACAUACUCCCACAAACAUAUAUACAUACAUCUAAUAACUCGUGUCUUUGAUUAUUGAUAUCACAAGAAUAAUACCUGAAAAGUAAUCUAUUGUGAUACUGGAAAGUACAUUUAAACUGAAAAAAAAAAAAA